UUUACUAUCUUUAUCUUCACAAAAUUUGAUUAAUAAAUUUUUAUAAAAUAAAAUUUUUAAAGUUUACGUUUCAAAUAUAUAGUAUAAAAAGUUUUCAGAAAAACGUUUGGUAAUUAAAAAGUCGUAAUAUUAUUUUUUUUUACAAAAACCAAAACAUUUUUGAAAUAAAAAAAAAAAAAUAUUGAAAAUUUUUGCGACUGAUGACGUCUUAUACGGGUAAUUUUUUUCUUUCAUUUUGAAUAUAAUUUUCCUUAAUUCAAAAAAAAAUCAUUCAUCAUGUCUAAAAUGUAUGGCAAAGGGAAGAGCGGAGCGGUCGGUGGCAAUAUGGCUUUGAAAAUAGCACCGAUAGAAUCUGAAGAGAAUGCAAAACUCCGGUUGCAGAUAGAAUUGGAAUUUGUACAAUGUUUAGGAAAUCCAAAUUAUUUAAAUUUUUUAGCUCAACGUGGCUACUUUAAAGACCAAACAUUUAUAAACUACUUAAAAUAUUUAUUAUAUUGGAAAGAACCGGAAUAUGCCAAGUAUAUUAUGUAUCCAAUUUGCUUGUAUUUCUUAGAUCUCUUGCAAUAUGAACAUUUCCGUCGAGAAAUAGCAAAUACACAAUGUUGCAAAUUUAUAGAUGAUCAAGCUAUAUUACUUUGGCAACAUUAUACCCGUCGUAGAACUAAGUUAUUAGCACAAAAUGAUAAUGCUAAUAUGUCUGAGCAUCAUAAUCAAAAUGGUAGUGUUGGAAAUAAUAGUGUUGUCGGGGGAAAUAUAAACUUAAAUGCAACUACACCACAGCAAAAUGGUAUUUUGCAAAAAAACAAUUGAAACAUUGUUCAAUAGACUAAAAAUAAUAUAUGUACACAUAACUUUAUUUCAUAUUGAAAUUAAAUUUAGAUGAAAUACGAUAAAUAAUAUUAUAAUAUUAUUUUCGCUUACAUAACUACUGAAAAAGAAAAAUCAUUUAUUUCGUUUAAAUAAAAAAAAAAUAUUUAUAAAAAUGGUAAUAUUUUUUUUAGUAAAAAUUUGCUUGGAAAAAACUGGAAGAAUCAACAAUUUUUGAUUUUUCAGUGUAUUUAUGAAUACAUAUCAAUUCUUUGCUGUACAAUGCUCAUAUAAAGGUCUGAAAUUUGUAACUUGUAGUGAAGCUGCCAUGAAUCAGAUUAGAAGUCGAAACCCAUUUAAUAAAACAAUUGAAAAUGUUUUUUUAAAUGAACAAGACAAAUUUUCAAAUCAAAGUCAAUACAAAAAGGACAAGCUGUCGUGCUGUCAUUUUUAUUCCUUUAUUUAAAAUUACCAAAUAUAUCUACAUCGAAAAUGAUGAUAAAAUAAGUAGAAUAAAAUGGUUUAAAUAAUAAGUAAUUUGAUGGGUCAAAAGAUCUAAUAUGUAUU